AUGGAACUGGAGUGGGAGAAGAAGAGUGCGCAGAUCCAAAGUAAACAUUAUCUGGACCAUGAGCGGCUCAUUUAUGAACUUACUGCAGCGAGAGACAAUGCAAAUGCAGAGUUAGUGGAGACAAAGAUAAAAGUCCAGGAGCAGACAGUGUUACUGCAGUGUGUCACAAAAGAGCGGGAUCUGGCUUUACAGGGAUGCAACACAGACACUGGAUUUGUAGCUUCUGAGGAAAUGACGGCCCUAAAGCAGCAGAACUAUCGGCUGCAGACUGUCGUGAGUGAAAUGAGGAAACAGAUGGAGGAGCUCAGCUGCACUACUCCGCCUCGACCACCAGAAUCUGAAAAUAAUGUGACUAAAGAAGUGGAGAAAAAAUAUGUUCAGAAUUUGGAUCCAAAAGUCACCAGAGUAAAUGAAAAGAGCCCAAAGUUCACAAGUGUGUGUUCUUGUGGCCGUGCGAGUGGAGAAAAGUCUCUAUCGUCUCAGCUGCGCUCGAGGCUGAAGCAGGCAGCUCUGUGCAUCGCUCGCCUGAACAGGGACCGCCAGCAGCUGAUAGAGCUGUGUAACCGUCUGCGGGCUCAAGUCUGCGCUGCUGAACCUCUGCAGAGUCACAGUAACACUGGACAACUUCAGGAAUCCACCCACAACCUGAAGACUGACAACUCUGAGGAACAAGAGUCUGUGGGGCCAGAGCGGCUCCGAACACAGAGUUCAGUUCCUUCUUCUUCCCGGCUGCUCCAGACUGACAGACAAUCUGCAGAAUCACUGCCUUCUCUGAGCGACCUCUGGGCUCUGCUGGACCAAAGGCCUUCACACGACUUCUCGGACGCUGCUGAAGACCAGGUGGACUCUGUGGGCUCCCAGGGGCCGGUCCCUGGUGGCGCUCAGAUGCAGGUGUGUGGGGUGAGUGCUCCUGUCCACAAACCGCCCACAGUCAAACCUCCACAGAAGAAAAUCAAAAUGAAAAACACAUCUGCCAAGAUCCGGAACUACAACAUUAAAGACUGA